ACCCAAGCUCUGAAAUUACCCUCAUAUUUCCAUUACACUCUUCUCUCUACACUUCUCUCUGAACCUAAUUUCUCUCAUCUCUUUUCCAAUCUCCUCACCACACAACCACUGCUCCGCCGGCGGUAGCCUAUUAGGCGCCACCACCGGCCACCGCGGCUUCCUCUUUUAGCCUUCACUUAGCCCUCGCGCAGCCAAGAGACUGACGUUUUCUCAAAGUCGCGUUUUUUUCCUCAAUCCCGUUUUCUCCGUCCCAUUCGCGUUUUCUUUCCAUCCUUUACAGAGAAGAUUGCAAGUUCAGCAAAGCAAGAGGCGCAUUGUAGCAACUAGCAACAGAGAACGAAAAACAAACAAGUGGAACAAUGUCGUUUAUGAGAGGAGAUUUGCUUUCUCGAACCAGAAAGCUUGUGAAGGGUUUGGCCAAGGCAGAACCUGUGUGGCUCAAAGCCAUGGAACAGGCACCACCAGCGACAUUUCCUCGGCCUGUGGGGAAAAUUCAGACCAUCACUCUUCCUGAGGAUGUUUAUGUAAAGAAGUUUUACAAAAAAUACCCAGAUUCAAAAUACCAUGAUCCCAUCAAGUUUUCUGCUAUUGAACCCCCUCCAUCUCGUCUAUUCGCCUUAAGGGUUCUGGAGUUGAAAGAGCAAGGCAUUAGUGAGGAAGAAGCAAUGGAUGUAGCAGAUAUGGAAUAUAUAGCAGAGAAGAAGGCAAAGAAGAAAGCAUAUGCCCGUCUGAAGCAAAUAGCACGCCUUCAAGGAAAGAGACUUCCUCCAAACCCAUAUCCUUGUCCUAUCAAAGAGAUUCAAGCUGAGGAGAAGAAAUAUGUUCGUGAUCGUUUCUUCAAUCCUAAGAUACUUGAACUUGUGGAGCAAAAGAAAGAGGAAUCCAAGCUGAGAUUCGGAGGAGGUGGUUGGUGAUUUUUGCAGGGUAAAGUUAGGAUAUUAUAUUGAAACUUUGGCUCAUGAAGAAAUAAUCUUUGCAAUAAUUCAAUCCAGUCUGUCACUAUAAAGUGCACACUUCUGCCCUAAUAUCGGGUACUAUUUUGCUAUUUUAAAUCAACUUUGCUAGUGAGUUAGUGAAUGUUGUAAACUUUGAGCAUUGAGUUCAAUUUCUACUUAUAAAAAAGUCAAUUGUAUUAGAAAGUUAUUCCAAAAUUUCAUGCAAGUUGUUGUUUCUUCUUUGGUCUUGUGUCGAAGUCUCUGUUUUGUUGUCAGUUUGUUCAUUAACCAGUAUUCAUGGAGCUUCUUUGCGUUUACCGUUAUGAAA